UUAAUAGCUGCGUGAACAAUAAACUGAAAGAACUAUGGAAAGGUUCUGCUCCCUCCUGCAAACGCUUCUUCAGGAAAAUCAUUUGCUGAGGGCAGCAGAGCUUUGCUAUCAAUUAUUCCCAUUGUCUUCAGUUGAAAAAACAGCCUUGAGGAAGGCACUGGCAGAGGACGGUCAGGGGAAGAGCAGCUGGGACCUGUGCUUUAUUCUGCUGUUUCAUUUACAAGUCAGGCCGGUGAUGCAGGGAGUGCAAAACACAACAAACACGCCAUCACUGUGUGGCUCUGCAGUCUGCCAGCAGUGACACCAUGUGUUGUCCCAACGUGGAAGCGGGAGCUGAGACACCCAGCACCAGUAGGUAAAGACAAGUGAUACAACCCGCUGUGUAAAAGGAGAAGACACGUGGCAUCUUGGCACCAGUACUAAUGAAGCCAACAGCCUUCUCCACUUUCUGGUUUUGGCUGUCUCUCUUUUUGGCUGGCUUCCUUGGCAUGCGCAUUACUGACAGUUUUGUGGGAAGUCAGAAGAACCAUACACUAAUUUUCACCAAGGAAAGCAAUAUUCGCAACUGCAGUUGCUUGGCAGAUAUCCGCGACUGUGACUACAGCCUGGCAAACCUGUUGUGCAAUUGCAGAACAGUGCUGCCUUCUACCAUGGAAAAAACUGACUACAGUAGCGACCUGACCAUUUGGUUCACGGACACGUCUCUGCUGGAGUUGCUCCUCAACUUUACAACAGUGUGGGAUUUGAAGCUCUCCUUCUGUGGCACUACUCCUCUACCAACAGAAUACUUGACCAUUUGGGGACUGAGAAAGCUCCGGGUAAAAAAUAAGGUCGAGGGACAAUUUCCAGAGCAGAGCGUAACCAUCUACAGUAGCAGCAAGAGUGAAAAGGAAGAUCUACUCACAAUGCACAGCAAAGACAGGCAAAUGUUAGUAUACAUCUCUUUUCUGGAUACCUCUCUUUUCAAUGGAUAUUCUUUGCUGAAGUCGUACAGCGUGGAAAAUGUCUCUAGUAUCACGGAGCACUUUCACAACCUGCUGCACUCCAGUGUUUUCUCAACCUCAGAUAACAAAAGCUAUGUUGUAACAUUCAUUUACUGAGUUCUUCAGCACAGUCAGCCAAAGGCAUGGUGAACUGCUGAGUGAAAUGGGACUUCUCUAUUUGGUUUGGCCAAAAGGAGCCAUUAUGGGAUGAACAGCUUUGAAUGUGUACUCAAAGAGGCAAUUAAAGUAAUACAGGUUCAUCUGA